UUUCUUCACCACCGUUCCCCUCUCUCUCUCUCUCGCUCGAUCGCUCGUGUUAAAUAUCAAGUUUUCUCGCUGUCUCCCUUUCUUUUUCCGUUUCGUCUUCCUUCGCUGGCCGGAGAACCGGUAAGAUCGCUGGGUAAUUGUCUCUGCCGGAUCCAUUUGGAGAUCUCGCCGGAGGCAACAGCUGAAAAGCUCUCGAAUUCACGCGAAGUGACGAAAGGAUCAGUAUCUUAUUCGCAGCUGCAGCUGGCCUUGGUAUUUUAACUCACAUUGGAAGGAGGGAAGCUUGGCAUCGGAGGUGUCGGAUGCUCGCGAUUGGUAUGGAUGCCGAGCUUUUGGUUGCCCAUUUGCGUGGGUUCUUAGCGAGAGAGAAGGGAUCGCGGGGCGAUCUGGGGAGGAGCCGUCUUGCUGACUUGGGUUUCUCCUCGUUUCUGCUGGUUCUUAGAUGGAAUUUUGAUGUUCGCCGCUGAUCUGCUUGGUAUUGGCUAGGAUUGAGGCAAGACAAGAAGGUUCUCAGCUUGAAUUGAGAGCCAAGGCGUCUAAUGUCAUCAGAGCAAGUCUAUAUCAUCAUCGCCGCUUGAUGAACUGGAUAGGAUUGGAGCAGGGUCCAUGUUUUCUGAAUUUACAAGUUCCUACAUUCUCAAUGACUAGAAGACUGAAUCUAAUCCUGAGCAUCAUAUGAAGGAACCACAAAGAAUGGCCAGCAUAUCUGCUGGCUCAAGAGUUUCAGACCAUGUUUCUAGAUUGCAGCCUGAUCUGUUGGCCUCAUCUCCCGUCUUUGCUGAAGAAAGCCUAACGAACCUAUGUGGAUCUCAUUAUGAAAAUGGACUGUUCUCAAGCUCUUUAUCAGACAUGUUCAAUAGAAAAUCAGUGAGAUUAUCAUCAAGCAUCACUUCCUUGGGUCAAUCAUUUGAGUUGGGUCACUCAAACUUUGAAGAAGAUGAGCCUUUUGAAUCAAUGGCUCAAAUUGAAGCUAAAACAAUUGGAAAUCUUCUUCCUGAUGAUGAUGAAUUACUUUUUGGUGUUACUGAUGAUAUUGGAUAUCUCGGCCAAUACAACAACGGGAAUGAUGUUGAUGAUGAUAUUUUCUACAGUGGUGGUGGUAUGGAACUAGAAUCUGACAACAAUAUCAGUGGUACCAGAAGAACUGAACUUAUCAUGGGUGGAGAUUCUGCUGGUCAACAGGGGGAGCCAAAUGACACAUUUUCUGGUGAACAUCCCUCUCGAACUCUUUUUGUUAGAAAUAUUAACAACAGUGUUCUGGAUGGUGAAUUGAGGGCUCUGUUUGAGCAAUAUGUGGACAUGCACACACUCUAUACUGCUUGCAAACAUCGUGGCUUUGUUACGAUAUCUUACUUUGACAUCAGGGCAGCACAAGAUGCAAUACGAGCACUUCAAAAUAAGCCAUUGAAUCAUCAGAAGCUGGAUAUUCAUUUCUCUAUUCCAAAGGACAAUCCCUCAGAGAAAGACAUAAAUCAAGGUACACUUGUGGUGUUCAAUCUCGAUUCCUCUGUGACAAAUGAUGAUCUUCAUAAGAAAUUCGGUAUUUAUGGUCAAAUCAAAGAGAUACAUGAAAUUCCCCAUAAACAUCACCAAAAGCUCAUAGAAUUUUAUGAUGUUCGGGCUGCUGAAGCUGCUCUUCAUGCUCUAAAUAGGAGUGACAUUGCUGGCAAAAAAAUUAAGCUUGAGCCCAGUUUCCCUGGUGUUGCAAAGCGGUGCUCGGUGCAGCAAUUUUCUUCAGAGAAGAACCAUGAUAUACUAAAUGCUAGCUGGCAAGGAAGACUCGCUAACUCUCAUGCUGGGUGCUUUGGGCAAUCCUCUCUUGGAUCAGUCACACCCAACAGACUUGAAAACAGAAUUAUCCAGGGUUUAAACUCAGCAGCUAAAGCACCAAUUACCCCAAUUGUGGAGGCCACACUCUAUGACAUGUCAUCUAAAAUUCCACAGCAUUUAUCUCCCACUGCAGGAAUUGCCUCGGUUGGUAAUCACACAAAACAAGGUGCCAAUGUCGACUUCAGUCGUUCCUUGGGCCUGAUGAAUUUUGGACUUCAAGGCAUGCAUGGCCUCCAUCCUCACUCCCUUCCUAUUUAUCAAAAGGGAAUAGCUAGUUGCAUUCCUUAUGAAUCAAAUACUAUGUCAGCCACGGGCGUUGGUGUCAUCUCCAAACCUUUAGAAGGAAUUGAUAAACGACCACUUCAAAUAGCAAGCUCUGGUAACUACAAUGGUAUUUUGUUGGAUCAAAAUAAAGCUUUUGGUGUUUCUAAUGGAAGCUGUCCUCUACAUGGAUGUCAGUAUAUUGGGAAUAAUACAAACGCAUUCCAAAGUAAAACAACGGCUACCAUGUCAUGGUCAAAUUCUCCGCCAUUUAUAGGCAGCAUUCCUGCUCGUCAGUCAUCUCAUAUUCAUGGAAUUUCUGGAGCACAACCUCAAAUGUUAAACACAGUUUUUCCUUUACAUCAUCAUGUUGGUUCAGCACCUGCUGUCAAUCCAUCACUUUGGGAUAGGAGACUUGCCUAUUCUGGGGAUUCCAUGGAACCACUUGUUUUUCAUCCAGAAUCUUUAGGAAAUAAGGGCCUGGCAUCAAUUCCUCAAUUGGAAUCUCUACCACCUUCUUCCUGUAACUUCUUUCCUCAUUCAUGUGGGAACUGCUUCAACUCUUGUAUAUCUCAUGCACCUAUUGGGAUAUCUACAUCACAGCAAAUGAGUUUGAUGUUCCAUGGAAAAAAUCCAUUGGUCUCUAUGCCAGGUUCAUUUGAUGUCCGUGCUGACCGUAUCAGGAGCCGAACAAGUGACACAAAUGCUGAUCAGGGUGAGAAUAAGAAGCAGUACGAACUAGAUAUUGAACAGAUUAUACGUGGUGAAGACCCCCGGACAACACUUAUGAUUAAAAACAUUCCUAACAAUUUUUUAUUUAGGUACACAUCGAAGAUGCUGUUGGCUGCUAUUGAUGAAAACCAUCGAGGAACUUACGACUUCAUUUAUUUGCCAAUUGAUUUUAAGAACAAAUGCAAUGUUGGUUAUGCAUUUAUCAACAUGAUCAAUCCAAAGCAUAUUAUUCAAUUCCAUCAGUCAUUUAAUGGUAAAAAGUGGGAGAAAUUUAAUAGUGAAAAGGUCGCAUCACUUGCGUAUGGUAGAAUCCAAGGGAAAUCGGCUCUUAUUGCUCAUUUCCAGAACUCAAGUCUCAUGAACGAAGAUAAACACUGCCGUCCUAUACUUUUUCAUACAGAUGGUCCAAAUGCUGGAGAUCAGGAGCCCUUCCCCGUUGGCACUAAUACUAGAUCAAAGUUAGGAAGAUGGAGGAUUAAUAAUGGUAGCGAAGAGAACCCUCAGGGAUGCAUGCUCACUUCAGCACAUGAAGCUUCUUGUGAGAGAAGAGAACCCUCAGGUUUGCAUCCUGGUUCGACUAAGGACUCUUGAGUGAUCCAACCCAUUUUAGCUGCCACUGCUGAUUCCAGGAGUUGGGACUUGGGAGGGCCUUUAGAUUUUGGGUUGCCGUAAGAGGAAAAACAAUGUGCAGAAACUUCAAAGGAGGGCACAAAUAGGAUUAUUCUUGCGGUUUUGAAGGUCUUCUCUACAUUUUCUCUUUCCCUUUUUUUUCACCUUUUUUCCCCUGCUUGCUUGCAAAUGCAGUACCUGUUCAGAUGCAAGGUUGGAUGCUUUGUGUUAUGACGCUGUGAGCGUUGCCAAGCUCCGUAUGUCUGUUUAUGAUGUUAUAGAUGUCUACAUCACAUGACUUUUGAAUGCCUGAUCGCGUUAAUGUAUUUGUCUAUUGUGAUUUC